GGCUCAGGACCCUGCAACCUAAUUCGCAACCCGCGGCGCCACGACACCUUUGGGAGGGCGGCCGCGAUGCGCCAGUGCUCGGCGUGCUCCGUGGACUACUACCACAACCCCGACGUGCGCGUGCUGUUCGCCGCCGCGUGCGACCACCAGGUCUGCGAGCUGUGCGUCAAGCGGCUCUGGCGCGGGCAGGCGCGGCGGCGCUGCCCCGUGUGCGACGAGGAGCUGCGGGCCGAGGACUUCUCGGAGCAGUCGCGGGAGGACAGGCAGGUGGAGAACGAGGUCAAAGUGAGGCAGCGGAUCUGCAAGAUCUUCUGCAAGAGCGAGGAUGACUUCGCAUCGGCGGAUGCGUACAACGAGUAUCUGACGCAUCGGGAGGACACGAUUUACAAGCUGGUGAACCCAGUUUCGCAGGAACAGGUCAAGGAGACCGAGCGCGAGAUCGAGCGGUACCAGGAGGAGAACGCCACGCAGAUCCUGAGGGCGCAGCAGGCAGCGCCGCGGAAGAAGCUCCAGAAGAUACGGGGCAUCAUCGAGGAGGAGGGCGGCUUCGCCAGCACUGUGAACGCAGAGUGGGGGGAGAGGCUCGCGGUCGGCUCCGAGGCGCACCCCUUCCAGGCGCGGUAUCGCGAGCUGCUGGCAGGUGGACCCGGGACCGCCCUGGCGGGCGGCCGCUGUGCAGAAGAGAUGUCGCCGCUGGCACCGCGGCCCAUGCACGGAGAGCACGGCGGCGCGGACAUCGCCAGGCAAAUGAGCGGCGGUGGCCAGGCGCCCGGCACGUGCGCGAGCAAGGCGCGCCACUUCUUCUUCGCCGACCUCGUCGCUGCGGCGAGGGUCGCCACCGCCGCGGCGUGAUGGGGGCUGGGGCGGAAUCGGCGGUGCGGGGCCGCCAGCACCUCGCAUGCCUCCGAGCUGCAGUCGGACGAAGGCGCAAGAUCGAGAGGGAUGCUCUGCUGGCCUUGGGGUCCGACUGGAGAUCAUAGAUAUCACCCGCGGACGACUGCGUCGGAGAGGGAGGCCGUGAGCUACGAGAAAA